UGUCACCAAGUGAAGAUUAUUGUUCUUUUAGUCACAUCAAAAUUAUUUUUAUUUUUUGUUCUUUAUUUGGUUUUUCAGUUGGAAUUUUCUCAAUAAUGAAAUGUUAUUUAUUAUUAUUCAUCAAUAUUUUUAUCGUUAUACAAGUUAUAAGUUGCAUGGAAGAUGGUGGCAGCGAUCCCAAUCGAAGAGGUAAUAAACCGAUUUGGAAUGAAACAUACGCGGAUGCUUUGAAACGUGACCUUCUAAUGUCGUACGACAAAUUUGCAAGACCACAAAAUCAUGCCACAAAGGUGGCAAUUGGCAUGACAAUCAAACAUGUGGACUUUGAUGAGGCAACAUCGAUUUUCACGGUUUAUGCAUGGUUUGUUAUGAAUUGGAACGAUGACAAACUCAAAUGGAAUAAAAGUCAAUAUGGAAAUUUGAGCAAACUCGGGUUGGCGCAACAUGAGAUUUGGCAACCGGAUGUGACUCUGUAUAAUUCUAUUUCACCGAACUUUGACUUAUAUGGAACGGCCCAUUUUAUAGUUGAACCCGAUGGAAAAGUUCUUUGGGUGCCACCCGCUAUAUUCAAAGUACUUUGUGAUUCAAAUCUGCGCAAUUGGCCAUUUGAUUCGCAUCAAUGCACUUUAAUAUUUGGAUCAUGGAUCUAUGAUGGACGUGAAAUUGAAUUGGAACGAAAAGAAUCAAACGGAUCACUUCUUGAACUUUAUGUGGAAAAUACUGAAUGGGAAAUAACGAGUAUUCAAGUUGGGCGAACGGUUAAAUUUUAUCAAUGUUGUCCAGAACCGUAUAUGGAUAUACAGUAUAAUAUUACAAUAGCUCGACGUUCAUCUAUUUUCCAAAGUGUUAUCUUGGCACCGGGAUUUAUCGUAAUUAUACUUACCUUACUUACAUUUUGGCUACCGGCUCAGUACGGCGAGAAAAUCCUUUUGAAUGGUAUCGUCGCUUUGAUAAUUGUUCUAUUCUUACUGUAUAUUUCCCAAAACUUAAAUAUAAUGGCUUCACAUACGCCGCUCAUCGUUUUGUUCUACAAUCACGCGCUGUAUAUGGUGUGCUUUUCAACGCUGAUUUCAGUUAUUGUGAUAAAUUUAACGCGAUUGAAGCAUCAACGAAUUCUACCAUGGAUUAUUAAGAAGCAUUUGGAUGGAAAGUUUGGCAGUAUUUUAUUUUUGGAUCACAUUAACGAUACGGAGAGUGAUCAAAAUGCGUCUAGAUUCCGAGAGCACCCAUUCGACGAACCUUCAGCCAAUGAUGAUCAACAAUUUAUUCAACAGUGUCGCAGUGGAAAUAGUUCAUUGAAAAGGGAUUACUUGAAAUUAGCGGCUGCUAUUGAUAGAAUUGGAUUCAUCCUUUAUCUGUUUAUAUUUAUAAUAUUUUCUAUUGCAUACUCAGUUUAAUUUCUUUUUUGGUCAUCGAACAAACAAAAUUAAAACAUUAAAAAAUGAUCAAAUCUAAAA